AAUGCAGAAUUAUGUUACAUCAUAUUUCUUUAAUAACAGGCAUAUACUAAAAGGGACUCUUUUAAAAGAAUAAUGCUCUCAAGUAUCUAAAAGUAAAUUCCAUAAAACUGACUAGUAAGUAAAUCCAUAAAAAUAUACCAUUAUUCUUUGGAUGCUGUGUUUCUUUUUUCUGCUAAUGUGCUGGUAAGAAGGCACAUAAAAGCAAUUUUAACUUCAGUCUGACAGAUAAAUAUGUCAAAUAAAAAAACAUGUUUUGCAUGUCGUAACUUUUGCCUUCUUCCAUCAGCUUCUGAAGCUAAUGUCCAUGAUAAAAUUUCAAUCUGUUACUGCUUAUUAUAUAUACCAUACACGCAAAACCACACAUGAAUAUAUAUGUAUCAUAUACACAAAUAUGUUUUUAUCAAUAUAAGGUAACAUUUUUUCUCAAAUUCUCUAGGUUUUAGCUUUAUUCAAAAACAUAGGUUGCUGCUUUGUACCAAUUGCUUGGAUAAUCUUUUCUGACAGAAACUAUCUAAAUAUUGCAAGCAGGAAUAUUUUACAUCAUUUACCAGUACUACCUAAAAAGAAAGCCUUAAAACAAGUCUGCCAAUUUGGGAGUUAUUCUUAAUUUUCUAUUUCAAUUCUAUUUUUUAUUCUCAUUAACGCUCACAGCAGUCCCCUCCUCUUGACUAUUAGUCAGAUUUGAAUAGAAAACCACUGAAACUCAGGUUUCGUGCAGGGAGCCUAAUGGUUAAGGCACCAGCUUAGAAAGCAGGAAAUCUUCAGCUCAAAUACAGCUUCAGCCAUUAAAGCCAGCUGGGCGACUUUGGGCCAAUCACUCUCUAUUAGCCCAAUCCACCUCACAGGAUUGUUGUCGGGACACGCUACCCAAACAUAAUCAUCCUCUCUCCCCAAGCCUCGAUCCAUAAGAAUCUAGAGCAAAUGGGUGCAAAGAACCUCCAAAUUGCAGGAUGGUAAUGGAUACACCGUCCGCAGAAAGAACACAAGCAACCUUACCAGAAAGCGCUCGAAGCCGGAAAGGAAGAGGCCUCUCUCCCAAAAUGCUUUGCAACAGAGGCGGCAGGAAGAUUCAGCGGUUCUGGAUUGCUAAUAAUCUGAAAGAAGAUGGGAAAGGGUUUCAAAGUGUUGGUUUGUGGAAUGUGUUCAGUGGGAAAGACAGCCAUCUUGGAACAAGUUCUGUAUGGUAAUCAUACUAUUGGUGAAGAAUACAGCAGAACUAUGGGAGAUGUAUAUGUUGCUGUGGCUGAAACAGACCAAGGACUAAAAGAACAAUUACGUUUGUAUGACACCCAAGGACUGGAAGGAGAAGAUGAUUUCCCGAAACAUUAUUAUUGUAUGGCAGAUGGCUUUGUUCUAGUGUAUGCUGUAAAUAAUCUGAAAUCUUUUGAGAAAGUUAACUGGCUCAAAAAGGAGAUUGACAAGUUUAGAGAAAAGAAAGAGUGGCCAGUUAUUGUUUUGGGUAAUAAAACUGACCUUUUGGAGGAAAGACAAGUACAGAGUGAAGUUGCACAACAGUGGGCUAGGAUUGAGACAGUGAAGUUAUGGGAAGUGACAAUAACAGAUAGAAGGACAAUGAUGGAGCCCUUUGUGGUGUUAGCAAGCAAACUUUACGAAUCACAGAACAAGUCGACGUUCUCUUUCUCCCGUCGGAGACUCAAAUUCAAUAAGGAAGAUUACUGAAAGUUCUUAUGUUUCCCACUGGCCAAGAAUCUACUGCGGCUUUUGCAUUUCCAGAGUUGUUCAUUUCCAGAGCAACCAAAGCAGCUCUCACACUUCACAAAGAGAAUGGCAUUUGAAAUCACUUCGUAAAAACACUGAAAUGAUCAUGGUUGUCUGUAUUCAGUUAUAUGUUUGGGGAAUGUAAGCUGGAGAAUGCUUGAGUGCAGAAAAAAAGAAAGAAAUGGCAUUCUAGAGUCAUUGGGAAUACUGCCACUUCACUUAGCACUUGUCAAAAAAUUUAAGGGCAUUUCAAAAAAGAAAGAACAAGUUUUUUUGAUCAUAGAUUGUAUAGCUUUAUUCAUUGUUACGACUUUGAGAAAUAACUUGUGAAAAAGAGAAGCUAACAGAGAAUUGAGUGAAGCAUAAGCAUUUCACCUUCAUUACCUUUAUUAUAGUAUGCUAAUACUGUUAGCACCGAUGCUUUUGGAUGAACCACUGUUAUUUCUAUCAUCAAGCAGCCAUUCAUCUCAGGUAAUGUAAAACAAUGAUCAUUAGCAUUGCUAAAAAUUGGGCUAAAGAAAGAAAAAAUAAUUUCCAAUCACUUCAUACAUACAUGGGGAAAAUUUUGGUCCCAUUCCCCAAUUUCAAAGCCCACUAAUAUCUCUCCCUGUAUAGUGACAGCAGCCUCAUGAAAAGGAUAGGACAGCACCAGAAAAAAAAUAGUAACUUGGGUCAUUUAAAAGGCUAUAGCAGGGCCUCUCACUCUCAGCAACUUUAAGAAGUGUGGAUUUGUAACUUCUGGAAUUUCCCAUUAUACAUAAAUCUCAAGGUUACUGUGAUUGAAAAGCACAGAACUAUGUUAAGAGUAUUUGAUUCUGGCGUAGUGUUUUGUUUGACCUAGGUAUUCCAUAAACUAUGAUUUAUGGCUCAACAUAUCAGCUGAAAUCAGCCAGUAGUAAUUUAUUAAGUCUGUACAGGAAAAAAACAUUACUAUGGGAAAGGAUUGCUCCAUCCAGUUUUAGCUUUAAGCAACCUACCUCUUAUUUCAAUUGUACUCAUUGUUGCUGUGCAAUUAAAUGCCUUAAAAAUAGUAUACUGACAUAAAAGCAAAUGAAUACAGAAUUUAAACCUAGGGAAGUGGAAAGAUCUUUUUACAAAAAUAACAUGAAGAUAGGUACAAGUUGAGCUUCCCUAGAAAAAGAAGUAGUAGCAUUCCUAAUUAUACUUUUCCUCAUAGCUAUAUUCUGCAUCACAUAAAGAUGAUUUUAGCAACUGAUCACAAACCUAGAUCAAAAUUCUCCAGAAUUACUAAUUGAUGUGGCUAAUCCCACUGGCUGGAUGUUUUAGGAACUGUAGUCCCCAACAAAUCAAGACAGUGCUACAUUGAAGAAUUCAAAAGGGCUAUCACAAUAUAACAAGUUCUCAUCCACUUCUCGUAAAUGGAAUCUGUAGUUAGAUUUGUAUUUUCACAAUUUUCAUUACAAUUCUCAAGGAUACAAAAUUCAAUUAGAAAGUGGGUGGCUAAUUGGACUGAAAUUUCUCAAAAUAUGCAGUAUAGAAAUUGAUCAAAGUUUCUUUUCUUUCCAUCCAGGAAUAAAAUAUUUUAAGGCCUAA